CAACUUUUGUAGUUCGAUCACCAUACGGAGGGGUCGCGUCCAUCGCGUCACCCACGUGCUUUGCAUUAGUUUACGAGGAGUAUUCUUAUUGAAUACGUUAUUAUCGAGUGUGUUAAAUACAGCUCUGGUCAUUCUCUGCCCCGUUAGCUAAUCCUGAAUUCUCUUUCUCGACGUUUCUGACAUUAUCCGACUGAUUCGGACACCCAGUGAGAUCAAGCGAAAGAAAAGAUGGUCACAAAAGCACAGAAUGCUUCGAGAAGCUAUAAAACGCUGUGGAUUCGUUUCGCCGAAGACAGCUCGGACAAACAUCAGCUGUUCAUCAAAGAACACUCGGCGAAAAAGGAGGAACCGGAGUAUCCCCGGAAUCGGACUCUCUUCGUGCGGAACGUUCCGCCGUACGCAACCGCGGAUUGCCUGAGACACGCGUUUGCCAGUCUCUGCGGCGACGUACAAUCUGUCAUAUUUACGACCGAAAAAGGAUUCAAGACUGGACAUAUUGUUUUCAAGACAGAGUCCUCACUGAAUAAAGCACUCAAACUGUCAACAGAUUGUGUCAUCUCGUUGAGCGGUGACGCGUGCGUCACGGGAUUAGAAAAAUGGUGUGCCGAGUACAACGCAACUGUACAGUACGAUGAAAAGUUGAUAAAAGCAAACAUCGAGGAGUAUAUAGCCUCCUACGAUAAGAGAAUAAAAGAUCGCCUUGAGCAAGCCAAAGCAGAGGACGACGACGACGACGGCUGGAUUACAGUAACAGGUGCAAAGAAGAGGGGAGAAUUUGCGCCGACUAGAAAGGAGUCCACCAUCAGCAAGGUGAAGGGCAAGGAAGAGCGUAAAAAGAAGCAACUGCUGAACUUUUAUACCUUUCAAAUUCGCGAGGCGAAAAAGCAGAAUCUAGCGGAGUUGCGGGAAAAGUUUGAGCUGGACAAGAAAAGACUGCAGGAGCUGAAACAAAAGCGGACAUUCAAGCCGUUUUAGGUAUGUAGCUGUAGAUAGGAACAUGAUUGUAAAAUUGUAGGGAUAAUAAUUAAAUAACUAUAAGGAUAUGAAUUGGGACACGAUAUCAAAAUUAUAGGAAUCAUUGUUAUCGCAAUAUUAAUAGCGGUCCUUCAUUCGUUUGUCGUUGUACGAAGCUACCUAUUUCCUCGAUGUCUAUUUUCAUUAAUCGCUUGUACAGUUAUGGUCAGAAAGGUUGUCCGACGUCUUGUAACAAGUUUUCAGAAUAUUUCGGAGUAUUGUUGCAUAGAUAUUCGUGCGUAUCAUUCCAUUGUUCUAAUAAUGUGCCACUGCACAUAUUCGUGAGCAAGAGCUACAAUCUCUCGCGUGAUAGACUGUAUUUCCGAAAUUGAUGCCUUUCCGUACGAAUUUAGCACAUGUAGAACCAGGGUGUCCAGUGGUCAGGGAAAUCAGAAAAACCGGGAAUUGUCAGGGAAAAGUCAGGAAAUUUUACUAUUUAUCUGGAUUUUUUUACAUCGUUUAACAUUUUUUCUGCAUAAUUUAAAGUUUCUAGAAAAUAAACUUCUCUUUGGCUCUCAGUAUACUAAUUUCCUGUUUUGCUAAACAUCAAUUUAUUUAUAAGCGUGGUCGGUAAUUUAUAUUUUCAUCGUCGUGUUGUUUCAUUUCAAUGUGUUCAACUGAGAAAAAACUAUAAAAAAAGAUGAAUUACUAAACAAUACUAUCUAGUAAGUUGCAAACAAAAUGCAGUUAAGCAAAACGAAGGCAUCAUACAUGAUCACGUACGGUAUCAUAAAUGGUUGGAAUGGUUUGUAAUAUGUUCGUUCCUAUUACACAAUGUAUUCUACAUAGAUGGUAUAAUUGCUUCAAUUUAAAUUUUUACCUUUUUAAAUUCCGGACUCUUGUUUCCCGGGAAAAAUAUUUCAAGGACUUCGACAUUUAACAUUCACUUGAUUUACCAUACAAAUGUACGCAAAUGAUGCAUCUUGAAAAAAGUUACGCUAAACGUUCAGGGAAAAAUUAAUUCCGACUUCUGGAAAACCUGGAAAAGUCAGGGGAUUUUUUUCAUUGUGUUUGCUGGACACCCCUGAGAACACAUAUACAUUUUCCAUGUACGCAUAUGAAAAGUGUAUAAAUGUGUUGUCACGUGCACAAAUUCAUGUGGAAAUAAGUGAUUCCUAGUGUACAUUUUGCAUAUACAUGUAUGGAAAAUGCAUAUGUAUUCUACUUGUGCCUAAAUUCAUAUGGGUAGGUGUCAGUCCUAGUGUAUAAAGUAUUGUUGUACAUACUUGCUACACCAUUCUGUUCAAAUAAUUAUAAGGAUAUAAAUUAGCCGCUGUGAAUAGGAAUACAAUAGGAAAAUUAUAGAGAUGUAAUCAUUACAAGGGUAGAAAUUAGGAUACGAUUGUAAAAUUAUUCAAAACUAUUGUGUUUCAUUACACUCUUUAUUUCUUAUCGAAACAAAUUAUAUACAAUAGUCUAGUAA